AUGCCCUCUUCCUCGUCGUUACGCGCCUUUUCGGACUUCUUGGUGUGGCUUUUCCAUGGCGCGUAUGCCGGGAUGGCUGAGUUGAUCUCCGAUGAGGAUUGUAUCGAUCCCACCGGCAGCUACCACGGCGACUCAGACUUGCAGCUGGAACGCAUCAAUGUCUAUUACAAUGAAGCUCAUGGAGGCAAAUACGUGCCGUGUGCAAUCCUUGUGGAUCUGGAGCCAGGCACCAUGGACUCCGUGAGGUCCGGACCCUUCGGACAGAUCUUCAGUCCAGACAACUUUGUCUUCGGCCAGAGCGGUGCGGGCAACAACUGGGCCAAGGGUCACUACACAGAGGGUGCCGAACUCGUAGACUACGUGCUGGACGUCGUUCGCAAGGAGGCCGAGGGUUGCGACUGUCUGCAGGGCUUCCAGCUCACGCACUCGCUCGGAGGCGGCACCGGUUCGGGCAUGGGCACCCUGCUCAUCUCCAAGAUUCGCGAGGAGUACCCGGACCGCAUCAUGUGCACCUUCUCGGUCGUCCCCUCGCCGAAGGUGUCGGGCACCGUGGUCGAGCCGUACAAUGCGACCCUCUCGAUCCACCAGCUAUAA